UGCGCGCGUAUGUAUGUAAGAGUAGCGUGGAAAUGCACGGGUACGAUUCUAUUCCCGUAGAUUCUGAACUAUGCGUUGUGCAUAGAGGCAACGUUUCCUGUGUGCUCUCCUUGCCUUCACAACUCUCUUAUACGUUUUACGUUACAGCAUGAACGCGUGCUUCUAUGUAACAAGUAACAUGUAUGUAUACGUAUAUGUGUAUGAGCACCAAUAUAGAAGGAUGAAGAUCUUUGUGUUUGUAUGGUAUGGUGGGUGUUCAGAACCGUACGAUGCGAACUUGUUGUUUAUUCCUCGUAUCGACAUGGCACCUACACGAGAACUCGAUGUCACUCUCGAUGCACACUUGGAACGACACAACGCGCAUUGGUCACUGCACUUCCGUCCUCGAGAAACAUGCGAGCUCGCUCUGUUCACUUUGAGUAUGUUCUAGGAAAAAAAUGGAAGAAGAGGAUUCCUUUAUAUUGUAGAUCAUUGCGCUGGCAAUUCGCAAUUAUUCUAAUCCACGCGAAAGUGGAAGAUCUAGACACGUUGGAUAAAGAAAGAUUUGUUAGUAUUAUAUAGAUCAUUGUGGCCCAGUGAUCUCAUACCGAGAUCGAGA